UUCACUCCCCAGUCCCCACACCUCCAAAGCCCAACCACUCUUCUCCGAUCGAUUCGAGGCCGCCGCGCCUCCGCCAACCGUACCGCUACCGAACAGGAGAGAGGAUGCCGCGCCGGGAGGUGUCGCUGCCCGACGCCUUCAAUCUCGUCCUCGGCAAAGAUCGGGACAACUGGCCUCCCGCAGCGGGCCUCCUCGUGGCCGCCUACUACGGCGACAUCCGCCGCCUCAAGGGGCGUCCUGAAAUAGCCAAAUUCUUGCUUUCUAAAGGAGUUCGUGUUGAUGUGGAAUCAAGUGUCUUGACCCCACUGAUUAUUGCUACCUUUAGAGGAUAUCUAGUAUCGUGAAGAUUUUAUUGGAGCACGGUGCAGAUCCCAACGAGCUUUGAUUGAUAAAGUUACACCAUUAAGCAUGGCAUUAAAACACUCUUAUGUGUCUUGUUUGAAACUUUUGGUUCAAGCUGGAGCUAAUGUGAAUGGUUUUGGAUCUAUCUUAUAAUCCCUUGGCAAGAGCUGCAGAGAAAGGUUUGACUGAAGCUAUCAAGUGCUUGUUGGAAGCUGGUGCAAAUCCAAACGUUCCUGACACAGUGAGAUUUGCUUCUUGUUACAUGCAUCACUAUAGUGAUUUGCUUGAUUUUAUAUCUUCCAUAGCGUAAUCUAAUACACAUAUGCAAUGCUGGUAACACAAAAUAUGAUGCCAUACAAGAAUGUUCUUAUGACAGUACAAGGUCUGUGUGGGAAGUAAACAAUAAGAUGUGGUCGGACUGCUUUGCUUGCUUACUUAUUUUCUGCAUAAGCUUAUUACUGUUUUGGCAAGUCUUAUGUUUUAGUUAUGUUAGGAAUACAUAUGGUUGCAACAUAAUAGGCUUCCUUGACCUGCUAUGACAGGAGUGAAUUAAUAAUCUUUGCGUUGGUCUGUGUAUGGAAUGGACUUAGAAGUGAUUGCGUUCUGGAUCUAUAAGUAGUUAAGUACUUUGUUAGCGUUUACUUUGAUUGUGUUCAGGAUUUAGUGUUCUUGCUGCUGGAGCAAUGUUCUUCAAAGAUUAAUAGUUUUUAGGCGCUUACUCUGAUUUUGUUCACUUCAGGAUUUAGUGUAGCUACUGCUGGAGCAUAGUCCGUCAAGAAUUAAUAAUAUUUAGUUGGAGAAUGCUCAAUUUGCUAUUCUUUUUAUUUUAAAAUUUUCUAUACUUCAUCAAUAUGUUUGUUUGCUCAACAUUUUGGUAGGCUGCCAAUAGAAUUGGCUGCUGAGUAUGGUACAUGGGAAGAUGUUGAACUUCUAUUCCCUGUCACUUCCAAAAUUCCAACAGUGGCAGAUUGGAGUGUUAAUGGAGUAAUUAGUAAUGUACACAUGGAAGUCACACAACUAGAGGAUGACGAAAUUGUCAAUAAGAAAAAGUCCGAGCUGAAACGACAAGGAGCUGAUGCGUUUAGCAAGGAGGAUUAUCUAAACGCGUCAGUAUUCUACACACAGGCCCUGAAGGUUGAUCAGUUCGACGCAACACUGUUCUCAAACAGGAGCCUUUGCUGGCUUCGCCUGGGUGAUGGAAAGAAGGCUUUGCUCGAUGCUAUAGAGUGCAAACAUCUGCGUCCGAAUUGGGGAAAAGCCUACUACCGGCAAGGAGCUGCCCUGAUGUCUCUGGAGGAUUACAGCAGUGCUUAUGAUGCGUUCUCUCAUGGCUUGGAGUUGGACCCAGAAAGCGAAGAGAUGGAGAAAAUGCUUUGGGAGGCGAUGGACCUGAAGUAGUAGUUGAUGUCUUGGAUCGUAAGAAGAUGACUUGAGAACUGGAAUCUCUUCAAUUUUGGUGUCGUAGAAUUGACACGAACACUCGGAUGGUUGCCUACUUUUGCAUUGACCUAAGUUUGCUAGUCCUGAAACGAUGCUGCCUCUUUUUUUCUGUCGUGUGUAAUUCACGGAGGGUAGCGGCAGUUUAGAGACCACCGCAGGCUGCUAACUAUCUUUGAUAUGAUCGUGGUAGCCGCAGCUACAACGCUUCUGACGCCCUGUUAACUGAAACGAUGUGUUCACCGAGAUGCCUUUGCCGACAUGCUUGGUCC